AUGGAGUACGCCGCCAUCCCCGACGAGGAGGCGGGGCCGUCCGGCGUCGAUGCGGCUCCCACGAAGCGGCGACUCGGCGUCGCCGGCCUGCUCGUCGCCGCGGCGGCCUGCGUCGGCCUGCCCGCGGCGCGUUCCGCCGCCUCCGCCGCGCUGUACGCCGCCUUCGACGGCGCGCCGCCCGACGACGGCGGGAGCGUGACGCUGGCGCCGACGACGAAGGCGGAGAACGCGGCCAAGGCGGCGGCCUGCGCGGACUGCGACUGCUUCCGCAACGUCUGGUACGUCGACUCCGCCGUCGACGUCGACGGCCCCACGGGCUUCUGCUGGGCGUCCGCGUUCGCGCACCUCGGCACGGCGCUCGACGCCGCGUCCUACGGCGACGAGAUCUGGGUCGCCCACGGCGUCUACGCGCCCCUGGGCGGGUCGCGCAACGCGACGUUCCGCAUGCGCGAGGGCGUCGAGGUCUACGGCGGCUUCCGCGGCAACGAGGAGCUCCGCGCGGAGCGCGACUACGCGGCGUACCGCACGGUGCUCACGGGCGAUUUAGGCGGGGCCGCGGAGGCUGUGGAAGACGACGACGACACGAUCCUCAACGGCGGCACGCGCGCGCGGUCGAGCGCGCGGCGCGCGUACCACGUCGUCACCGCGGCGCACUGGGCGUCGCUGGACGGGUUCGUCGUCACGCGGGGCCUCGCCGACGGCCCGGGCCUCGACGGCUUCGGGGGCGGGUUCUACGCCGUGGAGCGCACGUCCAUGCGCGUGCACAACACGAUGUUCGUCGACAACCGCGCCGUGUCCGGCGGCGCGGCGUUCGGAUGGAUCUGGUCGAGCUCCGUGUUCUACAACUGCCACUUCGUCAACAACACGGCCGUGGGCACGCCCUAUUUCGGGGGGGGCGGCGGCGUCGCGCUGAACACGGACGGCGCGAACGCGACGUACGACACGUGCGUGUUUUCCAACAACUACGCGUCGCGGCGCGGCGGCGCGCUCUUCGCGGACUACGGGUCCUGGGUGUCCGUCAAGGACUGCACCUUCGAGCACAACCGGGCCUACCUGGGCGGGGCGCUCUUCGCGGACAACCGCGCCGCGCGCAUCGGCUCCACGGGCCACGUCGUCUCGGGGUCGACGUUCCGCGGCAACGCCGCGCGGCUCUACGGCGGCGCGUCGCUGGACUACAACCAGGCGACGUCGACCUUCGCCACCUGCACCUUCAUCAAGAACAACGCGUCGGCGGGCGGCGGCCUCGCGUCGAUCUCGGGGACGACGGACUCGGCGCUCUCGGACGCGUUCGAGUCGGGCGUCUUCGAGGGCAACGCGCCCGACGACAUCCUGGAGCUCGAGGCCGACGCGGACACGCUGAGCGGCAAGCGCUUCGCCGACGCCGCGGGCAACGCGACGGAGCUGCGGGCGCUCACGCGCCUCUGGCGCGAGCGCGACGCCGCGCGCGAAAGCGGCUGGCGCCUCGACGCCGCGGCCGCGGGCGGCGGGCCCAACGCGUCCGUCGUCGUCUACGUGGACGUCCGCUCGACGGCGACGGCCGCCGACGGGUCGUCCUGGGACGAGGCCUACGCCAACCUCCAGAAGGGCAUCGACUCCGCCGCGGCGGCCGUCGCCGCGGGCCUCGACUUCGCGGAGGUCUGGGUCGCCGCGGGCGUCUACGCGCCGAAAUGCGCCGACGACCCGGGCUGCGCGAAGCCCCAGGACGCGUCCUUCGCCCUCGCCGACGGCGUCCGCGUCUACGGCGGCUUCGCCGGGUCCGAAAGCGUGCGCGACGAUCGCGACUGGGCCGCGCGGCUCAGCGUGCUCUCGGGCGACCUCGGCGGCGGCCUGCACGCGCUCCACGUCGUGACGGGCGCCAACGACACGCGCCUCGACGGCUUCGUCGUCCGCGACGGCCGCGCGUCGGGGUCCGACGACGACACGUACGACGACGACGACGUCGCCGCGGUCGCGGACGACCCGGGCGCCGAAGUCAUGGACGACCCGGGGUCCGUCGAGACGCCCGGCGACGACGCGCUCGCCCUGGACGGCGACGACGUCGGCGCGCAGCCCGCGACGCCCUCGCUCGACUUCGGCGGCGACGCCGAGGGCACGGACGACCAGAUGGCCGUCGAGCUCUCGGGCGACGCCAACGACGCCUGCGGCGGCGGCCUGCUCAACUACUACGCGUCGCCCUGGGUCGAGAACGUGCUCUUCGCGAGCAACCGCGGCGGCAAGGGCGGCGCCGUCUACAACAUCCUCGAAAACGACUACGCGGCGCCCGCGCUGCCGGGCACGAACCGGUCGUCGCCGACGUUCAAGAACGUCGCCUUCGUUGGCAACUUCGCGAGCGAGCGCGGCGGCGCCAUGGCCAACGACGCCUACACGUACACGCUCUGCGACCGCUGCACCUUCUGGCGCAACGCGGCGGGCAAGGGCGGCGCGGCCUACAUGGACUACACGUCGUCGCCGACCUUCUCCCGGUCCGUCUUCGAGCACAACUUCGCCAUCGACGCCGGCGGCGCCAUCGGCGGCGACGGCUCGACGACGUUCACGCUCGACGGGUCGCGCGUCGUCGGCAACCGCGCGCGCUACAGCGGCGGCGGCAUCUACCUCGGCACCUACGGCGCCGUCCACGGCGGCGCGAACAACCUGCCGCGCAUCCACGACUCCGUCGUGGCGGGCAACGACGCGCUCUGGAACGGCGAGAAGGACCUGUUCCUCUUCGCGCUCGACGACGCGUUCAUCAUCUCGGCGCAGAUCGGCGAGGAGGCGUUCACGCUCGCGCCCGUGUCCAUGCCCGACGGCUUCGGGCCCGUGACCGACGACGAGGCCGCCCAAAGGAUGGCGGCGCUCGCGCUCGCCUUGUGCGCAGCCGUAGCGCUGGCCAAGCCAACGGAGAUCGAGUAUGGCACCAUCGGAUCGAAAACGACCUACCUGCCCGGCGACCCGCUGCUCUGGAGCGCCGACAUGACGGCGCAUUGGCUGCACGCGUCGGGCUUCCCCUGGCAGGCCCAAAAAGCGCGCCGCGCGCGGCUCGCCGGCGGCCAGCUGCUCGGCAUCCUCGAGGAGGGCAAGCUGACGACGCUGCUCGCCCAGGGCCGCAAGGACGUGGCGAGGAAGCGGGCCGGCGACGAGGGAAAGCUGAAAAAAGCGCUCGAAGCCGCGUUCGCCGCGUGCGAGGCCCGCGGCGCCUGCGGCCUCGAGGACAGCACGCGGCGCCUCGGCCGCCUCGCCAACGGCGCGAACUGGACCGGCGACGCCCUGCGGGACCGCGCCGCCGGGUCGCUCGUGUUCUCGCUCGCGGGCGACGCGCUCGCGAUGCCCGUGGACUACCUCGAGGACGCGAGGACCGCGGCCGGCGACGGCGGCGUCGCCGGCUACGCGGCGCCGCAGGCGUAUCACGCGAGCAACGUGUUCAUGGCGGACCUCUGGGCCCGGGACGACAAGGUGCGGAGCGCCGUCGGCUUCAACGUGCUCCACAAAGGCGCGGCGGCGUGGCCCGAGAAGCACGCGCACCCGCACGGCCUCCUCGAAGCCGGCGAGAACACGCUCGAGCGCCUGCUGCUGCGCGUGCUCCUCCGCCUCGUCGCGACGCAGCAGUUCUACUUUGGCUACGAGUACGUGACGGACUACGCGGAGUUCAUGACGGACCCGGAGAGCCACAACGACUCCUGGGCCGACGAGGGCCACGUGAAAUUCUUCGCGAGCUUCCGGAGCGGCGCCGAAAAGCUCGAGGACAACGUCGCGGACGCCAUCGAGGUGGCCAACGCGGGCAUCCUGAGCCACGCGGGCGCGAUGCUGGUGGCGCACGGGCGGAACCUCGCGGCGCGGGGCAUGCCCGACGCGGAGCUCGGCGCGCUGCUCGCGGACGAGCUCCGCCACCACGUCCGCCACGUGCACCGCCACGCCCACCUCGACCGCCACGGCGUGCUGCUGGGCCGCGUGCUGCUCGAGCUCCUGGCGGGCGACGACCUGAGGGCCGCGACGGCGCGCGCGGCGACGGAGCUCGGCUUCGACGCCGCGAAGCUCGCGAAGCGCGGCGCGCGCUACGCCGAGGACCCCUACGCGGACCUGGCGGUGUUGCGGGACUUGGGCGUCGGCGCCGACGUCGCCGAGGCCGUGCCCGCGGCGCUCUACCUCGCGCACCGCUACGCGGCCGUCGCCGACGCCGGCGCCGCGCUCCGCGCGUCCGCGAACGGCGGCGGCGCCGCGGCGCACCGCGGCGCGCUCCUCGGCGCGCUCCUCGGCGCGGCCCACGGGCACGACGCCCUCGCCGCGGCGGAACCGGCCCUCGUCGGCGGCCUCGCGGACCGCGACGGCAUCUUCCUCGACGUCGGCCGCUUCCUGGACUCGACGCUCGCGGCCGAGGGGUCGCCGGGCUGGCUCCGCGCGCACCGCACGCGCCGCCCGCCGGGCCACCGCUUCCACGGCCUCGAGAUGGACUGCCUCGACCCGGACUCGACCAUGACGCCGUACCGCGACGGGAGCUUCGACCACCGGGAGUCCGAGGCCGACGACUUCCUGGGCGUCAAUUUUGACGGAAAGAGCACGUUGGUCGAAUUAAAACCCCACCGCCGCUGGAGCACCUGCGCGCUCGUCGCCGUCUGCUGCGCGUCCUUCUGCGCCGUCGCCGCGGCGGCCGUCGGCGUCGCCUACGUCCUCGAGGCCGACGUGCCGUACGCGCCGUGGGGCGACGACGACGACGACGACGACUCGGCGGUUUCGUCGGAGGACGAGGCCGCGUUCUUCUCCGCGGCGCUGACGACGGUCUUCAACCCGGACGUGCUCGAGGACGACCUGUCGCAGCGCAUCAUCGUCCGCGCCGCCGCGGCGGCGAUGAACGUGAGCGUCGCCGACAUCACGGACUACCUGGUGUCCGCGCAGCGGCGGCGGCUGAGGCACGAGAACGGCACGCGAGGAGGAAAUUUCGGGAACCUCACGCUCCGGAACGUCACGAUCUCCUUCGACGUCGUGCAGAGGACGGAGAUCGACGCCGAGGCUGCGAGGGAGAAGCUCACGGCGGCCGUGGAGAGCGGCGACUUCGCGGAGCUGGUCGCGGAGAAGAUCGACGGCCUCGCGAACGAAUUGGGGCUCACGGCGGACGAGGAGACGAUGGCGAGGGUCGAGGCCGCCCAGGACACGUUCAAGAAGCUGAAGGAGGCGAUCUACACGAAGAUCUCGACGAUCAUGGGCGAGGACCUCGUGCCCGCGCCGACGCGGGCGCCGACGGGCCUGAUGUCGACGCUCGUCAAGUCGGCCCUCUACCUCGGCUCGACGUCCGCGGACGACCUCUACGGCGACGCCGACGCGUCCAUCGGGAGCGUCGUCAUGGCCGUGAGCGCCGCGACGGGCGUCGACGCGGCGGACGUCCUCGUCGGGGACCUGGGCGCGCUGGGCGACGACGACGUCGAGAUCCUGCUCGAUUUGGUCUGCGACGACGCCGCGACGGCCCAGGCCGCGGCGGGCGCGUUCCACGGCGCCGUCGACGACGGCUCGCUGACGACGGAGCUCCGGACCUACGCCGCGAGCUACGGCGCGACGGGCCUAUCGGCGUCGACGGCGGACGUCGUCGUGACGUACCUCGAGCGCGCCGAGGCCACGCCGGCGCCCGCCGCGUCCUACUCCUACUCCUACGAGGACGAGGACGGCGGCGCGUCGGCGGCGACGUAUCUCGCGGUGUCGCUCGAUCUCGGCGGCACGUCCACGGAGGAGCUGUUCGUCGACGACGCGGCGCUCUACGUGCUGCUCGCGUCCGUCGCGACGGCCGCGGACGUCGGCGAGGACGCGCUGGCGAAUUUCAACGCGGUCGAUCGGGCCGAGGGCGGCGUGACCUUCAGGUGCGACGUGACCGUCGACUCCUACGACGACGCCCAGACCAAGGCGGCCGCGCUCGAGGAGUCCGUCGCCGACGGGUCCUUCACGACGACGAUGCAGGGCCUCGCGACGGACAUGGGCGUCGACGCCCUCUUGGAAGCGACGGCCGACGACAUCACCGUCGACAUCGCCGGCUACGUGCCUCCGGCGCCGACGGCCGGCGAGGCCACGUCGGAGACGUACGUCGCGAUCGCGCUCGACAUCAGCGGCACGUCCACGGAGGAGCUCUUCGUCGACGACACGGCGCUCUACGUCAUCCUCUCGAGCAUUUCUUCCACGAUGGGCGUGAGCGACGACGCGCUCUCGAACUUUGGAGUCGUGGACUCCGUCGACGGCUCGAGACGCUUAUCCGACGGCGUGACCUUCACCUGCGACGUCGCCGUCGAUUCCUACGACGACGGCGAGACCAAGGGCUCGGCGCUCGAGGACGCGGUCGCCGACGGAUCCUUCACGACGACGAUGCGGAGCCUCGCGACGGACAUGGGCGCCGACGAUCUGACCGACGCGACGGCGGACGCCGCGACCUACGCGGUGGUCGGCGACGACGGCUCGGACUCGGGGGAGUCGGACUCGAUGCCCCUGAAUUGCGCCGAGGACGCGGACUGCUGCGCGGAGCAGGGCGGGUCCUGCGACUGCGAGAGCGGCGUCGUCGCCUUUGGGAGCAACGGCCUCGACUGGGAGGGCGGCAACCCCAUGUGGGCCUACGCGGCGUCGCCGGCGGACUGCGCGACGUCGGCGUUCGGCGAGGAUCCCGCGCCGGGCUACGACAAGUGGUGCGCGUGCGCCGACGAGGCCCUGGAGACGGCCGCGCCUUCGUCUUCGCCGACGCCGGCGCCGACGACGGGCGCGCCCUCGGCGGCGACGCGCGCCUGGAGCUGCGCCGAGGACGCCGCGUGCUGCAGCGAGCAGGGGGGCGCGUGCGCGUGCGAGUCGGGCGCCAUGGCCUACGGGAGCAACGGCCUCGACUGGUCGGGCUUCGACCCCAUGUGGGCCUACGCGGAGGCGGACUCCAUCGAGUGCUCGACGGCGGCCUUCGGCGGCGACGACCCCGCGCCGGGCUACGACAAGUGGUGCCGGUGCCUCGGCGGCCUCCCGUCGGCCGCGCCGUCGUCGCCCGCGCCGUCCGUGUCCCGGCCGCCGACCGCGGCCCCGUCGUCCGGGCCGUCCUCGACGCCGUCCGCGCUCCCGAGCCCGCUGCCGUCGUCGACGCCCUCCUCGGCGCCGACGACGGUGGCGCCGACGAGCGCCGCGCCGAGCCUCGCGCCGUCGACGGCCGCGCCGUCCGCGGCGCCCGCGCCGGCGCCGACCGCGGCGCCGGAGCCGACCGCGGCGCCCUCGACGUCGGCCGCGCCGUCGGCGGCGCCGUCGGCGUUCGACUUCUGGGACUGCGACUCGGAUCCGAACUGCUGCGCCGAGUCGGGCGACACCUGCGCCUGCGACUCGGGCUGGAUGGCCUACGGCAGCAACGGCAUGGAAUGGCGGGGCACCGGCGGCUACACGCCCAUGUGGGUCUACCUCGAGGCCGACUCGGCGACGUGCAACACGGAGACCUUCGGCCAGGGCGACCCCGCGGGCGGCUACAGCAAGUGGUGCAGAUGCGUCGGCGGCGAGCCGACGCUGCGCCCGUCGACGCAGGCGCCGUCGCACGUCCCGACGAUUCUGGCGCCGACGGCCUCCGCCCCGCCGACGGUCUCGCCGCCGCCGUCGGGUCUGCCGACGACGGCGGCGCCGUCGGCGUUCAGCUUCUUGGACUGCGACUCGGAUCCGAACUGCUGCGCCGAGUCGGGCGACACCUGCGCCUGCGACUCGGGCUGGAUGGCCUACGGCAGCAACGGCAUGGAAUGGCGGGGCACCGGCGGCUACACGCCCAUGUGGGUCUACCUCGAGGCCGACUCGGCGACGUGCAACACGGAGACCUUCGGCCAGGGCGACCCCGCGGGCGGCUACAGCAAGUGGUGCAGAUGCGUCGGCGGCGAGCCGACGCUGCGCCCGUCGACGCAGGCGCCGUCGCACGUCCCGACGAUUCUGGCGCCGACGGCCUCCGCCCCGCCGACGGUCUCGCCGCCGCCGUCGGGUCUGCCGACGACGGCGGCGCCGUCGGCGUUCAGCUUCUGGGACUGCGACUCGGACCCGAACUGCUGCGCCGAGCAGGGCGGGUCGUGCGCCUGCGACGGCGACUGGGCCUCGUACGGGACCAACGGCAACAGUUGGGCGGGCGCGCCGGACCCCAUGUGGACCACGAUGCACAUCCUCGACCUCAAGGACGCGGACGGGGCCGUGGAAUGCAGCACCGACUUCUUCGGCGGCGACCCGGCGGGGGGCUACGAGAAGUGCCGCUGCGCGGACGGCCAGCCGACGGCGCCGCCGACGCCGGCCUUCUCCUGCCUCUGCUUCGAGGACGACGGCGACGGGUGCACGGUCAUCGGCGCGCCCGCGCCCGCGCCGACGUUCGCGUACUCGGCGGACGACUGCACGGCGGCCCAGGGCUACGCGCUCGACAUCGUCACGCGCACCUGCAAGCCGGACGUCGCCGUCAAGGACCGCGGCUGCUACCCGCGGGCCAACUGCGACGCGGACUACGCGGCGCGCUUCUGCGACUCCAUGACCUGCAUCCCGCAGGGCUUCGAGCAGGAGUGCACGGGCGCGGCCCGGCGCCCCGAGUUUCGAGAGACUCCGACGGAACGCCCCGCGGCUCCGACGAGCAUGGCCUCGUUCUCCGGCCACGGCCCCCGGCCCCAGCUCUACCGCUCCGACAUGUGGGACACGUCCAACUCCGUCGGGGGGCAGUCGGACCAAUAUGCGGACCUGGCGCAGACGACGCGCGAGUACUACGGCCUCACGAUGUACACGCGUAUCUUACGGGUCAUGGAGAAGGACAUCGGCGAGCCCGUGUCGAGCACCGCGUCGGACAUGGCCCAGUUCGGCUACCUGGGUCAGUGGGUCGCGCCCUUGGCGCGGACGAAGUUCGACAUCGCCGGGGGCUCGCACGCGACGGCCAUGGCGUCCAUCGAGGGCGGCGUCUACAACAACAACAACCUCGGUUACAGCCGCCUCCCCAAGUAUUUGGCCGGCGGAUCCCUCUACGCCUACACGCCCGUCUCCGACGUCGGCCGCGGCUGGGGCUUCCAGGAGAUGGGCAUCGCCUGCAAGCGCGGCUCCGGCGUGUACCUGGGCCUCGUCACCAUGGCGAACCGGGUCAUCGUCCCCGUGUCGGGCUACGGCUUCGAGGCGACGCAGGACGAGCACGAGGACGACGGCGGCGUCUUCCUCGGCGCGGGCUGGGUCGUACUCCCCAUCUUUCCCGGAGGCAAGAUCCGCAACCGGACGACGCUCUUCGGCAACGAGGACUUUGGGCUGACGACGUGGACCCACGUCAUCGACACGGCGCAGUUCAGCGGGCCGCUCCUCGCCUACGCGCCGCAGUUCUGGAUGCGGCGCCUCGAGGAGUGGUGCAAUCAGAACGAGGCCUACUACGCGGGCGAAUACGACUACUCCUACCCCGGCGACACCUGCCCGCGCGAGUUCUACGAGUACGAGCCGGACGCGUGCUGCGUGAACCCGUCGGUCUACGACUCGUUCGCCUACCGCGGCGCGGACUGGUGGCCGUCGACGGGCGGCGAGUUCCCGGGCCUCGAGGGCAUCUUCGAGGACUACACGGACAGCGGCGAGGAUCUGCCGGACUCGUACGAGGGGCCGACCUACUGGAAGAUCCCGCAGAUCAACUACCCGAACUACACGGACUCGGAGCUGUGGCAGGCGAACGCGCGGACGUACAACGCGGACACGUACGACCGCUGGCUCGAGGUCUUCGCCUACGCCGGCGAGUCCGACGACGAGCUCGAGGCACUCUUCGCGAACUUCGACACGCGCUUCAACGGGUCCUACCACAUGAACACCUACGGCGCCUACUUCGACCUGGGCCUCACGUCCCUGGUCUACGAGGACGCCAUGUACAUCGACAUCGAGAACGGCGUGUCCUCGGACGAGUACUACGAGGAUGUCGGCACCGGCGACGACCUCGACCCCGUCGAGACGAACAUCUUCUACGAGUGGGAGGGCGCCGAGGACCGCCUCUGGACCCGCUACUACAAGACGACCUACACGCCGGGCCGCAAGGAGCGCUACGCCAACCAGCCGGGGGAGAACCAGACCUACUACGCCGCCGAGCCCAUCGACGAGAGCGAGGCGCCGGAGAGCCUCCGGGACGCGGAGUACACGCUGCCGCUCUGGGGCCGCGCGAACUACGUCAACCACGAGCGCCAGGAGAACGCGACCUUCGACUACGACGACACGACAAACAAACGCGGCUGGAACGAGACGGAUCACUGGUGCUGGGUCUGCACGGACUCGAGCGAGUGCGAGCUCGAGACGCGGACCCUCGUCCUCGAGUCGACGGCGACGCUCUACUACCGCUGGUACCGCUGGCGCGACCAGCCGGCCAUGAAGCAGCUCGCGUACGAGUAUCCCGAGGUCUACACCGAAGAGAUCCUCGCGUCCAUGCAGAAGCGCGUCGAGCUCAUGCACGAGUACUGGCAGGAGAAGGACUUCAUCAAGAAGGCCACCAAGGUCAACCACAAGGUCGAGCUCGACUACCGCAUGAUAAUCGACAUCCCCGACAACAUCCCCGACUAUGGCUGGGUCCCCAUCUCGCUCGCGGAGAUCUACGAGGACAGCACCGGCUACGGACCCGGGAACUCGGCCGGCUUCCAACCCAACAUUUGCGCAAUGGCUUCGCCGCGAUGCGCGAUCAUCGUCGCGUUCGCGGCGGCGGUCUCGGCGCAGACGGAGCUGUUGAAUUUGGACCUCACGGUCGACGGCCAGGGGACGAAGCUGCUCCUCCUCGAGGGCCAAUCGUACCUCGACGCCGCCCGGCGCGCCUGCAGCCCCGUCUUCGAGCCCCUGGCCAUCGACAACUGCGUCGGCGGCGCGAUGACGAUCAUCGUGGACCAGCACCUGCGGGCCAAGGAGGCCGAGGGGUCGACGCUCGCGAGCCCCGGCGUGUCCCUCGUGCGCGACGGGUCGGUGGAGAACUACGACCCCGUGUCCUGGGUGGGCGCGAGCCCGCUCCACGUCGACAUCGAGCUGCCCGUGCGCACGCAGCGCACGGUCUGCGACAACGCCAAGUGCUGGGAGCUCGGCGACGACGACGGCGUGCCCGUCGCGAACCACACGCUCCAGGUGCCCGCGUGGACCGCGAACACGUCGCAGGCCGCGCGCGAGGUCGCCGCGGCGCUCGACCUCUGGCGCGAGGCGGACCUGGCGCUCAUCGAGCACCGCGUGGCGCUGGAGCGGACGCGCAAGUCGACGCCCGUCGACGCGCGGCUCCACCGGGCCGUCGGCGACGCGCCCGUCGUCUCCUUCGACGGCUUCUACCCGGUCUACUUCGUGCUCCACACGUCGAACCUCUUCUUCGACGCGCAGCGCGUCAAGGUGUCCGGGGCCUUUCGGCCGCCGACGGACGGCGACGUGUGCAUCUCCGUGCACUCCAGCGGCAAGGAGGGCGCGAACGGCGACGCGGACGCCGCGGGCGCGUCCGUCGUCACCGGCGAUUUGGCGUCGCGGCCCAAGCCCGCCGAGGCCUGCUUCGACACGUCCUACAACGCGCAGCUGAGCGGCUUCGCCGACGCCCAGGGGUCCCACCGCCUCGAGGUGCGGCUCCGGCGCCGGGCCACGGACGCGACCGUCGGCGAGGGCGACGCGUCGACGUUCGUCGCCGCGCCGCAGCUCCAGCCGAAGACGCCCCUCAACACGCCGGCGGGCCGCUUCAUCAAAUUGUUGCGGGACGCCGUCGUCGGCUGGCUCUACCUCGACGGCGUCGACGCGGACGACGGCCCGGGCGUCGCGGGGCCGCUGUCGCCGAACUGGGUCGGCCACACGAUGGUCGGCGUGCACAAGCUCGACUGGCUCCAGGCCAUGAUCGAGGGUUUGGUCGAGGACGGCGUGCCCGGCGACAUCGUCGAGUGCGGCGCCUGGCGCGGCGGCGCGUCCAUCUUCUCCAAGGGCGUCGUCGACGUGUUGGACCCGACGGGCGGCCGGAAGAUCUUCGUCGCGGACACGUUCGUCGGCUUCCCCCAGGCCGACAUCGAGAACGACGGCGUCGACACGAACGGCUGGGCCUACCAGAACUUCCACGUCGGCGGCGCCGACGCGGUCGUCGCCACGUUCAAGCGCUACGGCGUCUUCGACGACAAGGUCGUCAUCGCCGGCGGCCUCUUCAACGAGACGCUGCCCAUCCUCCCGACGACGCAGAUCGCGCUGUUGCGCAUGGACUGCGACAUGUACCGGUCGACGACCCAGGCCCUGGACCUCCUCUACGACAAGGUCACGGUCGGCGGCAUCGUCGUCCACAACAACUGGCAGUACACGUCCGCGCGCGCGGCCGUGAUCGACUUCCGCCGGAACCGGAACAUCGAGCACCUGCCCCUCCACCUCUUCGAGGCGCGGACGUCCAUCUUCGUCGACGACACGGAGGUCGAGAUCGUCGCCAACGCGGACCGCGACGACUUCGCCGCCGUCGGCCGCGACGUCUGCGCGAAGAUGGGCGUGGACCUCGGCGCGACGCUGCGCGACGGGCGCAUGCGCUGCGGCGCCUUGAUCGCCGACGAGCUCGCGGACUCGCUCUACUGCAACGCGACGGCGCGGGGCGCCCUCGACGCCGCGCCCGCGAGUACCGGCCGCGCGCCGCGCGCGUUCCGCUUCUACCACGGCGAGUUCUACUUCGACAGCGAGGAGUACGAGCUGCUCCGCGAGCUGUUGUUGCGCCAGCGCUACGUCGAGUGCCUGAGCGGCGAGCGGCUCCGGGGCGGCGAGGACGUGAUCUGGUUGCUGGGCCACUUCGACGGCGACGCGUGGUUCUACAAGGCGCUCGAGCCGCGCCAGACGUCGAACGCGCUGCCGCAGCCGACGGAGCUCGGCAACAAGGACUCGCUCUACCGCCACUUGCUGGCGCUGCGGGCCAAGGUCGGCGACCGCGCGACGCGGUUCCUGCCGCGGACGUGGCUGCCGGACGACGCGAAGGCGUCGCGGAACGGCGCGGCCGACGAGCUCGGCGGGCUCUGGCUGCGCAAGGACCCGGCCCAGGAGCUGGGCUUCGGCAUCACGUUGAUUACGAAGUGGUCCGAGCUCGAGGGCUGCGAGCACUGCCUCCUCCAGCGCUACGUCGCGCGGCCGUUUCUACUGACGGACGCGGCCGCGGGAGUGCUCGACGCGAAGUUCUCCUUCGGCGUCUACGUGACGGUGUCGAGCGUCGACCCGCUCGAGGUCUGGCUCCACCGCGAACUGCUCGUCUUGCUGGCGACCUACCCCUACGACGGCGUCGACGGCGACGACCACGGCGAGUCGGGCGACCUCCUGUCGCACCUGACGAACGGCCUCCUCAACCAGCGCCUCGCGGGCGACGACUUCGACGCCGCGGAGCGCGUCUGGACGACGGACCGGCUGCUGGCGCACCUGGACAAGCGGGGCGUGUCCUGGGCGUCCAUCGAGGACCAGGUCCGGGAGGUCGCGUCGAUGGUCUUCCUCGCGGGCCGCGGCGCCCUCGCGGCGGCGAAGCGGCGCGCGGCGUCGCGCGGCGCGCUCUUCUCCCACUGGCGCCUCGACUUCCUCCUCGACGAGGACGCGCGCGUCUGGCUCCUGGAGCUCGAGAUCGUGCCGUCGACGGGCACCAUCGGCGGCGUCGACGAGGUCAUCAAGACGUCCGUGCUCCGCGACGUCCUCGCGCUCAACGGCGCGGAAACCGAAUCUUCAACCCGACUUCAAUGUGCGCUCAACGGCGUCGGCGGCGCGCCGAGCCCGGACCGCGCGCACUACCCCUGGCUGCGCGGCGCCUGCUGGACCGACGAGGAGUCGCCGGGCCAGCCGCCGAACACGCUCUGCGCGCCGCCGGACGCGGCCGACGACCUCUUCGGCGACGGCGCGCUCGAAUCCGCGGAGGCGGCCGUCCGCGCGCGCCUCGGCGCCGCGGGCGACGUCCUCGUCCACGACGACGCCGCCGUCGCGGCCAUCGCCGCCUACGAGGCGCGCGGGCGCCGGCGGGGCGGCUACCGGCCGCUGCUGCCCGUGCCGCGGACGUUCGACUACUUCGACGGGUCGGUCGGGGCGAACGGCGACGACCUCCCGGACCUCUUCCGGCGCCAUGGCGCGCUGCCCCUGGACGCCGCCCUCGACCGCUGGGCGAGCCUCUCCGGCGUCGACGACGAACCGGUGUCGGACUGGGCGGCCGCGGACGCGGAGGCCGCCGCGGCGGCGUGCCGCGCGUGCGCGCGAACGUCGCGCGUCUACUGCGCGACGGCGAGCGCCGUCGACGCCCGCGGCGUCGCCGAAAUCGCGGGCCGCUGCCAGGCCGCCGCGGCGCCCUGCGAGCACGCGCCCCGGGGCCUCGUCGACGGCGUCCGCGUCGCGGACGCGUCGGCUUGCGGCUUCGACGAGCCUAACCGGCGCGCGCUUGCGGCGCUGCUCCGCGCGUCGCGCGUCGCCGACCUCCCCGGGAGCCGCGACGGCGUGCGCCGCUGGUGCGCGCGCGCCCUGCGGUCCGCGCGACCGACGGACGACCUCAUCGCGCUCUGCCGGGGAACCGCGGGCGACGCGCGCGCGACGCUCGACGGCAAAGCCGAAACCCUCCCGGACGCGCUCCUCGCGCGGCGGCCCGCCGUGCUCCGGGCGAGCUUUGUACCGGACCCGGCCCUCGCGCCGGACGCGCUCGCGCACCUCGCGGACGAGCCCGUCGUCGCGAUGGCGUACGACUCCCGCGCGGACGCCGCGCAGCGCAUCUUCACGGCGCCGCUGGCUUUCGGCGAUUUUCUCGCGGUCUCCCGGGACAAGCGCGACGUCGCCGCGAGCCUGCCCUACGGCCUCGACACGAGCCUCUACCUGCUCCUCACGGACCGGCGCCGCGUCGACGGCGCGGCCGCGGGCACGCUCGCGGACCCGAACGUGCUCGACGACCUCUCGCCCCUCCAGGGCCUCCUCGACAAAGCCGUCGCCGCGACGGCGCCGUUGGUCGACGCGGCGCCCCUGCCGCGCGCGUGGACGUCGCUGCGCUACGGCGCGGGCUACGCGUACCCGACGCACGUCGACUGCUACGAGAACGUCAUCUUCCAGCUCGCGGGCCGCAAGAACGUGACGAUCUUCCCGCCGGACGUCGUCUGGGACACGAAGCCCGACGUCGAGAACAAGCACUGGCCCCGGGGCGGCGACGACGACCUCCGGCGCGCGCGGCGGUCCGCGGUCAGCGUCGAGCUCGGCCCGGGCGACGCGCUCUACGUGCCCCUCAUGUGGCCCCACAACGUCGACUCCGACGAGUUCUCCGUGACGGCCAACGCGUACCUGCGCCUGGGGGACGACGCCGACUGGGGCGACUACGUCGACCGGAGCAAGACCAACGCGUGGCUCGCCUACGAGAUCGCCACGGGCACGCGGCUCUGCUAA